AUGUCGUUCCCCUCGUGGAUAGAUAUUAUCGCCUUGGCUGGUAUCGAGUGGCACGUUAGCUUAUAUCUACGAAGUUUGUGGAUGUAUUCGCUUGUACAGCUCGCAUUGUUGCUAGGAUGUACAGCAGCAUUAGACGACGAUUUGGCUUGUUUGGGAAGUGGUGAAAUGAUCAUCGUUGCUCAAGGCCGAAUCUGUAUUCUCGAAUGGAAGAGUCUUGCCUGA